AUCUUCUUCUUUUGUUGUUAUUACCUGUUGGAGGAAACGAGAUCGUCACCUGUUGCUGUCUUCGGCGUCCGCCUGUUCUUGUGAUCUCAGCGGAAACAAGAGAAAAAUAGCGAACAAAUAAAGAAAAAAGUGGUAAAAAUAGGACGGAGGAAGUAUCCUCUUGGAGUUUUCAGCGGGGAAGAUCGGAAGGGCUCUUUCGUCCAAAUCGUAGUCUUGAGAGCGCCGGCGGCGGCUUUAGCAGCAGCGGUGGUGGUGAUGAUUUGAUGAACUUGCGGAAAACCUAAUGUUUGGAGUUCCCGCUAUGUGAGUUUUUAUUUGAAUGAAUACCCGUGUCGGGAGCUCAAUCAGUUUGGUUGGAUCUGGGCUAAUCCAGUCCGGUGCUCCAGCGACAUUGGCUGCAGGCGGCUCGUCGAACGUUCUCAGUGUGCUAUCGGUUUCUAGGUUUGUUUAAGUUCUGGCAGGCGGUAGGAAGUGAGAGAAGAUGGGGGUUUCUGAGGAUGGGGACGGUGGUGGUAUCGCCGUUCAUUACAGCGUUGGGACGAUCGUCUGGGUGCGGCGGAGGAACGGAUCCUGGUGGCCAGGAAGGAUUCUUGGUCCUGAAGAGCUGUCGGUGUCUCAUCUAAUGUCCCCUAGGUCAGGGACGCCAGUUAAGCUACUCGGAAGGGAGGAUGCUAGCGUGGACUGGUACAACUUAGAGAAAUCCAAACGGGUUAAGGCAUUUCGCUGUGGGGAGUUUGAUGGUUGCAUUGAAAAGGCUGAAUCUUCUCUAGGAGUUCCUGUAAAGAAAAGGGAGAAAUAUGCACGGCGAGAGGAUGCUAUCCUUCAUGCUCUUGAACUUGAAAGAAAGCAGAAUGAAAUGAAACAGCAAAAACAAGGCAUCAUAUCCGAUGGAAUUGCUGCCAAUAGUUUAGGUAUUCCAAAAGGAGAGUUCACGGACUUUUCACCCUCACAUACUGUCAUCAGAAAUGAAGAGUCCUCGAUGCAAGCUAAAUGUCCUAUUCGGAAGUCUACACUUCCCAGGAAUGCAAAUCUUUUGUAUGAGGAAGAAAAUGGGAACAAUUCUUCAAAUAUAAUUGUAGGAAAGGAUAGCAAGCAAAUAGGACAAAAGGAAGGAAUUUCUUCAACCAUUAAUCGGGUGAAAGGACUGCAGGAUUUAUGCCCACUGAUUUCUCCAAAGAAAAAAUUCCUUCAGUCAGUUGCUUCACCAAAUACCAAGGGGCUCAUUGAAAACAAUGUGGAUUCUCUUCCCAGUGCUGUGCAUAUAGUCAGAGGUAAAGGUAAUGCCAGGAGCUCGAAUCUUUUCAUGUCAAUUAAAAGAAAAAGGUCACAGUUGGAGGGUGGUUUGGUGGAAGAAUCUCUAGUCAAAAAGCGGGAUAGAUGCCGACCACUAGUACAAGUUUUACAAAGUAGUGCACAGUUGCAGGCUUCUCAGAUUGAUCACUUUCCUGGACUUGUAACUCUGGAAGGGGGCAAAGAUGAUUUGGGUGCUGUACAUCGGGCAACACAGAGCAAGUCUAUCUAUCUGCCAUUGGAUUCAGUUGAUUUUCCUGAUAAUGGAGGUUAUUCUUCUGAUGAUGUGCAAACACCAUCCAACCAGUUCGAAAUGGAAGUUUGUGUUGACCAUUCUUCUUUCGUUGAAGAUUGCACAUCUUUGGAGGUGAUAAGGACAAAUGACUCUGAUUCUUCACUAGUGGAUUACUUGGAAACAGAGAUAGAGGAAAGAGAUAUCCUAGGAGAUACUGAUCAAUUGCUUGCAUCAUCUAGACCAAAUGAUCACUUCCCUUCUUCAUCUCAUAAAUCUCCAGAUAUGGAAAAUCUCGAAAUGUCAUUUUCUGGUUACCACUCACAUCCCUAUGAACAUUCUCCUGCUGAGGUGGGAGUUUCUCAAUGGCACUUUAAGGGCAAACGCAACAGCCGUUGCCUAGUUAAGAGGCCAUUUGAUGUUAGGACUGAGAAAAUCUGUGCCUCCAAGUUAGAUAAAUUUGAUGGUUCUGCAUGGUUAACUGCAUAUGGAGCCAAAGGUCCCACUUUGAGGAUGACAAAAACGGAAUCCUCUAGCGAUAUGAAUGCUGAGCUAGGUUUAUGUCAUAUUAAAAGUGAGCAAAAUCAUGCAUCAGAGGAACUUGAUUUAAUUGGCGAUGAUGUUCUACAGGAACAAAUGAAUGGAUAUAAUGGGCAAAAUUAUCCUUUAGUCGCUAAAGCUGCUAGGGAUCUUGGUAGAAGUCAGAUUAGCUUCAAAAAUUUGGGAAGUGAUUCACAUUUAACAUCUGUAUUUGGCUGGAAAGCUGAUGAACUAUCUGAUCGAACACGCAUAGAACUUUUGGAAGAAUCUGAUGAAUUCUUUGAUCCUCUUUAUACUUCUUUCAGCAGAGGGAUGGCGUCUAACCUAUUUAAUGUUGAUCUGAAAGUCAAAACAAGCUAUCACGGUGAACACGUUCCUCUUGUUUCUUUAAUGAGUAGAUUUAAUGGAAAAGCAAUUAUAGGGCACCCUGUGCAGGUUGAAAUCUUAGAAGAUGGUUCUAUCAAUCAAUAUUUUCCUAGCAAUCACACUUUUCCUGAUGGAAAUACAACACACCGACCUGUCUGGAGGACUGCCAGAAGAACUGCCAUGCAAAGAGUUCCUCGGUCAAAUCCAGUGACAUCAUCUUGGGAAAAUGAUGAAGCUAUACAAUCUCAUUAUUCAAAGGGAGAAAACAAAUGCCCGCCAAAUGUGCUUUUUGGUUAUUCAAAGAAUCAGUUGAGGCCAACAAAGAAGAAACUAUUUUAUCCUCACCAACCACCCUCAGGGAAUUUCCUGAAGACACCACAUAAAAAAGUAAACUUGCCGAGCCAAAAAACUAGAACACUAUCAUCUUUUGCAUCUGAAAAGAAACUUGGUCGUGCAAAUGGUGAAGUCAGGUUUGCUAGGGGUUGUAAUUUAUUGGGAGGUCUCAUGAAAUCAGAAGGGCAAAUGCCUUUAAUCACAUGUGUCCCAGCAAAGGUAGCGUUUAGCAGGAUUUUAGAAGCAGUUGGAAGGUCAUCACCCACCAUAACUCUAUUUCGAUUGUCAGAUGCAGCAAUAAUUGAUCCAUCAUAGGCAAUAAUUUGUGUCGGUUGGUUACAAUAUAUCCCACCCAGUUGCUCCAGUUCGACUGACCUAUAAUUUUCAUGCCAGUGGGAUUGGUUUGGAGUUUCACCAUUACAUCAUGGCCGAAUGAGAGGGGCCACUCAGGGCAGAUGAACCCAUACUAAUUCCUUCUCAGGGAAUGAAGAAGCUGAUCUUUUACGCCCAUACUGGUAGUUGGUCAGCAAAGGCAGAAGUCUCAUGGUUUGGUUAGUUGAUUUCAGACAACAGUAACUGGCAAAUCUAUACACAUCUCAUAAAUCUCAGUCAUGCAAUAGAGCCAGAUUUGUAGAAGUUUGUACUCAUGAAGCCAGUUAUUUAGUCCAGGUCUCCAACUCGUGUACAAUAGCAACCAACGAUGAACAUUUUUUUAACCCAAAGUGAAGAACUCAUGUCAAGACUCUUCGACAUUGUCUUCCUCACAUCUGGAUAAUAAUUCUCAGUUUGUUCACAGCCAAAUCUGUAUGUAUAUCUUUGUACUAUUUACAAUUCAGUAAGUAAUUGAUGCCAAGUACGCCACAACGCCAGUGAAAAUUUCCUAUGGAGUUACUUGUACUCAUCCUUCUUGAAAAGUUGGAUAUUGUUGUUCAGUCA